GUGGUCAUUUGGAUAAUUAUUCUCUUGAUGUUUUCUUAAUAUUUCAGUGCUUCCUACUUCUCUCAUUAGUUAUUUUUAUUUCCUUGAUGUUUUCUUUGUCUUUCAGUGUUUCCUCAUCUCAUUAGUUAUUUUUAUUCUCUAGAUGUUUUCUUAAUCUUUCAGUGUUUCCUCCUUCUCCCAUCAGAUAUUUUUGUUCUCUUGACGUUUUCCUUUUCUUUCAGUGCUUCCUUCUUCUCCCUUUCAUUACCUUUGUGUUUUAUUGGACGAUAAUACCCUAGCUGUCUUUCCUCUUUCAUCCAGAGGAUGUGCUUCCAUCUUGGUAUGACCGAUGCGUUCACGUGGGACUAUGGGACAGCAGGAUAGAGGAUGACAUGCAGACCCUGUAGAGACCCAGCAGAUGGUUUAUUGAACAAUUAUUCCCUUUGCUGUCUUCCUCUUUCCUCUAGACAUUGUGCUUCCAUCUUGGCAUGACUGAUGCUUUCACAUGGGACUACGGGACACCGGGACAGAGGAUGACAGACCCCUCAGAGACCCAGCAGAUCCUGAACGAGAUCCGUCAUGAGUUUGUCAAGGACGAUGGUGCCAUUCAGUACUCCCACAAGUGGCAGGUUGGUGAUUUCAUUAUCUCAGACAACCUGGCCGUGGGUCAUGAGGCCACACCCCAGACGCAGGAGGCGGUAGAGAAGGCGGGGCUGAGGGUCCUCCACAGGACCACCAUCAAGGGAACGCAACCGCCCACCAAACGCUAUCAGCUUGACACGCCCACUUAAUAGGUGCGAU